AUGCGACAAGCAGAAGUUGAUGAUGUUGAACCAAUUUCUGUAGAAGAAAAGGUUAUGGCGUUUGCGUUGGGAUGCGAGUAUUAUCAUCCUUCCCAAUCUUUGAUCCUAGAUUUGGGGGAUAAAAACUGGAGUUCUGUUUUCAGUGAAGAAGAGCUCGAUGAAAUACGUGGUGCUGGUGGCGAUUUGCCUUGUGGUGUACCGAAAGAACUUGAACAAUGCUUCGAGAGUCUUAAAGAAUUGAAAACUGGUGCGGAGGUGUUCAAGUAUGCAAGAAGCAUUGAAAUCACCGAUCCUACCAAAGAAACAAGUAUGGUUGUCGACCGAGCUACAAAAUAUAGCAAGUCUCUUUUUAGAAACUGGGACAUUCAAUAUUGGUUAAUGUUGAAUUAA